CUGCCCGUUGCCGAGAUGGCGGCGGGCGGGAGCGGCCGCGGCUGCGCGGUGCAGCGGUGCAUGCCGGGCGUGCCGCCCGCCGUGACGCUGCACAUCGCACCCGGCUCCGCCACCGGGCCCGCGGCCAUGGCGGGCGUGAAGGUGAUCGCCAACGACACGGAGUUCCAGCCCGAGCUGAGCGCCGCCGGCUCCCGCCUGGCCGUGGUGAAGUUCACCAUGAGGGGGUGCGGGCCCUGCCUGCGGAUCGCGCCCGCCUUCAGCGCCCUCAGCAACAAAUACCCGCAGGCAACCUUCCUGGAGGUGGACGUGCACCAGUGCCAGGGCACGGCUGCCACCAACAACAUCUCGGCGACGCCCACCUUCCUGUUCUUCCGCAACAAAGUGCGCAUCGACCAGUACCAGGGCGCCGACGCCGUGGGGCUGGAGGACAAGAUCAAGCAGCACCUGGAGAACGACCCUGGCAGCAGCGAGGACACGGACAUCCCCAAGGGAUACAUGGAUCUGCUGCCCUUCAUCAACAAGGCUGGCUGCGAGUGCCUCAACGAGAGCGACGAGCACGGCUUCGAGAACUGCCUGCGCAAGGACUCCUCCUACCUGGAGUCUGACUGCGACGAGCAGCUGCUCAUCACUGUCGCUUUCAGCCAGCCUGUCAAGCUGUACUCCAUGAAACUUCAGGGGCCGGACAAUGGGCAAGGCCCCAAGUGCAUCAAGAUCUUCACCAACCUGCCGCGCUCCAUGGACUUCGAGGAGGCGGAGCGCAGCGAGCCCACGCAGGCGCUGCAGCUGGGCCCCGAGGACAUCCGGGAGGAUGGCAUCGUGCAGCUGCGCUACGUCAAGUUCCAGAACGUCAACAGCGUCACCUUGUUUGUGCAGUCCAACCACGGCGCCGAGGAGACGACGAGGAUCACGUACUUCACCUUCAUUGGCACGCCAGUGCAGGCCACCAACAUGAACGACUUCAAACGGGUGGUGGGCAAGAAGGGCGAGAGCCACUAGAGGGAGGCCGGGACCCCUCCGCACGGCCGGGGGCGCGGCGGGAGCGGCGGGCACCGAUGGGCUCCUUCCUCCCGCCCUGGAGCCGCGCUCGCAGCCCUGCACUGCUGCUGCACUGCUGCUGCUGCACUGCUGCUGCUGCAUUGUAAAUAAAGCUGCUGGUUUUGCCAA